GUGGGAUCUGUAUCGCUCAGUCUCUGAAGAUCCCUCACGACCACAAACCGUCCGACUUUGAUAAAAUCAUCCACCUGCUGCUCGACACGCGGUACGCCCGCGCCGUCAUCCUGUUUGCCUCAGACGAGGACAUCAGGGGGAUCCUGAACGCCAGCAAACGAGCGGACCAGGUGGGUCACUUCAUGUGGAUCGGCUCUGACAGCUGGGGGGCCAAGAACAGUCCCAUCCACCAGCUGGAGGACGCCGCUGUGGGCGCCAUUACCAUCCUGCCGAAGAGAGCCACCAUCAACGGGUUCGAUUCCUACUUCACCUCGAGGACUCUGGAGAACAAUCGCAGGAACGUCUGGUUCGCUGAGUACUGGGAGGAGAACUUCAACUGCAAACUGAUGAGCUCCUCCAAGAGGGACGAGAGCAGCAGGAAGUGCACAGGUACAGGUGUUCAUGCACCACAGAAUACACACCUACACACGCCCGCGCCCGCACGCGCCCGCACGCGCCCGCACGCGCCCGCACACGAUUACAAAGAACAGAUUCCCUCACAGCGAGCUGACAUCAUGGCGUGCUGA